AGCGCAUGCGCAUUAACAACCAGACUGUUCCCCCAAGUGUUUGAAACUACCCGGAGGAUCUCCACGCUUGGAUCAAGUAAUGCGACACGGACAUUUUCACUCCUGAUUAUUAGCCUGCCACUUAAAUAUUUCAUAUUGGGUUUUUUGUUCAUUGCCCUGAUUGUUUUUAUCCUUUUCGAACUACAUUUUUUUUUUUUUUUGCUUGAAGUUUCUCUUGGAUGCUUAUAGGGCGGUUUUGCAGUGUGUUGUUGUUCUCAGGAUAAUCAGUGUAUAAAUGCGGUUUAUGUCGCCGUUUAAUGGACUCAUUCCGAGAAUCUGAAGUAAACCGUGAGGAGAUAAAAUGUUAAAUACAGCCAGCUGGGACCCACUGCAGGUUACUCACUAUGUAGCUGAAUAUCUGGACUUGGUCGAAUCGCUGCCGUUCGACCUACAAAGAAACGUGUCUCUGAUGAGAGAGAUCGACUCUAAAUAUCAAGAGAUCCUCAAAGAACUAGAUGAAGCAUACCAGAAGCACAGGCAGGAGGAGGACCCUGUCCAGCGGCGUCGCCUUUUGCAGUGUAUCCAGCGUGCACUGAUACGCAGUCAGGAAUUGGGAGAUGAAAAGAUCCAGCUUGCUGGACAGAUGGUGGAGCUGGUGGAGAACCGUAGCCGGCAGGUGGAUGCUUUCGCCGAGCUUCUAGAAGCCCAGCAUGAGCCCCAUGACGUGACCUCCGUGACGGCCGUCAUCCCUGGCAAACGGCGUGAGGAGGAAAAACGUAGAGAAGAGACCCCUGGUUCGGUUGAAAGAAUGGCAAGUGCCAGCAAGCGCUCAAGGCGGCAGAAAAACAACAGCAAUGAGAACCGGGAGAUGAUUCAUAAUGACCGCGAUGAAGUGGCCAGAGAGAAACGGGCCAAGGCUUCAAAGAAGAAGAAGAGAUCCAAGGCAAAGCAGGAGAGGGAGACUUCACCAGCUGACCUGCCCAUUGAUCCCAAUGAGCCCACGUACUGUCUCUGUGAGCAGGUCUCCUAUGGGGAGAUGAUUGGCUGUGACAAUGAUGAAUGUCCCAUUGAGUGGUUCCAUUUCUCCUGUGUUGGCCUCAACCAUAAGCCCAAGGGCAAGUGGUACUGCCCAAAGUGCAGGGGUGAUACAGAAAAAACCAUGGACAAAGCCUUGGAGAAAUCCAAAAAGGAGAGGGCAUAUAACAGGUAGCCACAUACCUGCUGAACUGUUAACAUUUCUAUUUAUUUUAUAUAUUUGUUUAAUGCUAGGAAUAACUUGUCACCUCAAUCUACAUUUUAGAACUUGUUUACUACCAAACACCACUAAAAGGGCUUAAACUCCAACCUCCUGAGUUUAAGUUUUCAAAACAUGACAGUGACGUUCUUGAAGUAUUUGACCUUCAUUUCUUUUGUUGUUACUUGAACAGAGGGUGACAGAAGUAUUUUAUGAAGGUGCUCACAGCAUGUGGCUAUUACGUGUUAAGUGUUUUAAGUGUCCUAAUUGGUAAUAAAAGAUGUAUGAAAGAUGA